UUCGGUGCCUCAAAAGAACGAGAAAAGUAAUAAAAUAAAAAAGAGAGCUUUCAAUUUGUGAAGCUGAAGAAUCGUACACCUUCUUAUCGUCCUUCUUCUUCUUCUUCUUCUUCCUUCCCCAUCGUUUCUAUUUCUCCCCUGAAGAUAUUUGCUUCUACUUACUAAUUUUUGUUGGGUAAAUUUUUUUACUUCUCAUCCUCCCUCUAUAACCUUUAAAAAGGUUCAGCAUACUCUUAACCAAGAUGCAGCUCAAGGUCCCUGAGCAUCAGGUUGCAGGACACAUUGCUAAAGACGGGAAACCCGGCCCCCUUGUAGAUGACAAGGGUCGUUUCUUCAAGCCCCUUCAAGGCGAUUCUCGUGGUGAAAACGAGGUUAAGUUCUACGAAUCUUUUGCAACAAACACAGAGGUUCCAGAUCACAUCCGCAGAUUUUUCCCGGUGUACCACGGCACUCAAGCAGUUGAAGGUUCUGAUGGAGCAGCCAUGAUUGUGCUUGAAAAUCUUCUUGCCGAUUACUCAAAACCAUCAGUAAUGGAUGUCAAGAUGGGUUCAAGAACAUGGUACCCUGAUGCAUCUGAAGAAUACGUUCAAAAAUGUUUGAAGAAAGACACUGAUACCACAACCGCAUCAGCUGGUUUCAGGAUCUCUGGGUUUGAGGUGUAUGAUCACAAAGAAUCUAGUUUCUGGAAGCCCGAGAGGAAGCUUCUUCGUGGGCUCAAAGUCGAUGGAGCGAGAUUGACUCUGAGGAAGUUUGUAUCAUCGAACUCGCUUUCUGAUAUGGGUUCAAAACCAGACUCUGCUUUCGUGUCUAGUGUUUACGGCGGUUCCAACGGAGUGUUAACACAGUUGCUGGAGCUCAAGACCUGGUUUGAGAACCAAACGCUCUACCAUUUCAACUCUUGUUCGAUACUAAUGGUCUAUGAGAAUGAAUCAAUCUUAAAGGGAAAUGAUGAUGAUGCUCGACCACAAGUGAAGCUGGUGGAUUUUGCUCAUGGAAAUGAUGAUGAUGCUCGACCACAAGUGAAGCUGGUGGAUUUUGCUCAUGUUCUUGAUGGUAAUGGUGUCAUUGACCAUAACUUCCUUGGUGGUCUAUGUUCUUUCAUAAACUUCCUUCGUGAUAUUCUUCAGAGCCCAGAUGAGUCUGCAGAAUCUUAG